AAAUAAAGCACAAUAUGGCCCCUGUACAUUUCCCCAACAUUUUAUCCAUGAUUAUAAAAAUAAGACUGUCAUUACUCAGCCAAAAGUCGAGUAAAAUAAGUAAAUAAUCUCACUAAAGAAACACAGCAGCUCCAGUCUCAGAGAACUUCUAGAAGCUCCGGUUAGAAAUUGUCCUGAUUGCUGACACCUGUGCCGGUGACGUCACCAAUAUAAGAUUAACGCUUAAUAAUAGAUUCAGAGACUGUAAAACGUCCUCCUAAAACACAGGAACGACCCAAACUCGACGGUUAAGGGUGUAAAAUGAGCUCGAUGUUUCUUCAGCUGCAGGCCAGAGAGAGGUUCCUGAGCCUGCACCUCAGCACGGGCCUGCACGAGUGGGACAUGAGCGAGGAGAUCAAACUGAGCACCACCACAGACCAGUUCCACAGAGACGAUAAGAGGAAUGAGCAGUACCUGGCGCAGUGGCACUAUGCCAGAAUCUCCAGGAGAACACUCGCUGGAGCAGACAGAACCCACCUCGCCCAACCCGAGGACUGCACAGAAUCAAUAAUACAGCCAAGUCUGUGGCUGAUUGUGAAUCCAAAUCUAGCCUGCCCUAUAAAAUACCCAACUGUUAAAAAGUCAUCGCUGCUGAAACUGACUGUAGACACACCUGUCCCGAGUCCUUCCCCACCUGUACCUGUACAAAACCUGCACAUCCUGCCGCUGCCUGACCAGACUUGCCUUAAUGAGUCACUGCAUGACACCUCUCUCUCAAGUGAAUAUCAGCUUACAGAUGAUGACACCUCCUCAGUGGAUGUGCCGAUUUGCCGCAAGGUGAAAGGUGCUAGAAAGGGCCGAGUUCCCAAGGAGCCGUCCUCUCGCAGGCUGGGCCUGGCUCAGAGCCGGAGGCUGCAGAGGGUCCUGCAGGACAGCUGCAACCUGAAAAACGGAGCCUGGCCUCGACCACCUGUCAACUACUGCAUCCUCAUCGCCAUGGCUCUGAGCAGUAGCCGCUCUGGCAGCCUUAAUGUGCAGCAGAUCUACAACUUCACAAGAGAUCACUUCCCUUUCUUCAUAACCGCUCCUGACGGUUGGAAAAACACCAUCCGCCACAACCUGUGCUUCAGCAACAGCUUUAAGAAGACCCCACAGCAGGUGACUGGAGAGGGGAAGAGGAAGUCCUGCCUGUGGUACCUCACCCUGGACGGCCGACGAAGGCUGAGAAACGAGAUCCACACACUGACUGUAGACUCCUUCAGGAUGCUGAAGAGGAGCAUGAAUUACCCAGAUAUGAUUCAAGCUCUGUUUGAGUUGUAAUCUACCUGCGGGUGCCUCACGCACACCAAAAUCCGAGCGUUAUGGGGACAUUUAAUAUACUAAUCAAUAUGUUAAAAAAUAUAUUAUACUUAAACAUUGUAGUUGUUGCUACUGUGCUUUAAGCUUUAUUAAUUACUUUUUUCUCUGUCCACGUGUGUCCAGGUGUUUGUCCAUGACUUAAUUUAUUGUCUAAUCACUUUUUUUCUCAUUGUGAAAAUAAAUGUACUGUUUGCAGUUAA